GUCAAAGAUGAUGCAAAUUCUAAAUUAUUUACUAAAUGUCAAUGUUUUGUAAAAUUUAAAGAUGUCAUGUAGAUAUUUUUCAUUAUUACACAAGACAGUUAAAAAUAAUAAUUGUGUAGCUAUUCUUUUAAGAAAUUAUUCAAGGAAAGUUGGAAGUGGAAACAACAGUGAAAGUCCAUACAAAUAUGUUAAAUCAAAACAACCCAUAGAAGAUUCUUGUAAUUUGGUUUGGCGUGACCCUAGUUUUGAAUUAUUGGCUGCCAAUGAGUUUCCGUUGUUUUUGAGAGGUAAUAUUGGAAUUGCUUGGUAUGAUACUCAAACAACUGUUAGAUCUCAACAUGAGUUGAUAAUGGAACAAAUAGAUGAGAGUUCUUGUGAACAUGGAGAUAUGGUGGUCAGAGUUCAGACAUGUCCAACUUUACUUCGACAAAUAGCAAAAGAUUUAUUCCCUUAUAGAACUUUACAAGAUAGUGGAGAAUUGUCUGUGAUUACAGUUGCUUUGAAGCCAAAUAUUAAGGAUUUAAGAAAAAAUAAAGAAUUGGAAACUGAAAGAUUAGCUCAGACUUUUUUAAUCGCUGCCAAAAGUAUUUGUGAUAAAUUAAGAAAUGUUGGUUACUGGGCAGAUUUUAUAAACCCCUUUUCCGGACGUCCUUAUUUUGCUCCUUCAGCGUUAAGGGAACUUUACCAAAACGAUGAGAAAUUCAGAUGUUUAGAUUUUCAAAUAGUCGAAAUUAAAGAUUGUAAAGUAAUAUCAAACGAAGAAAAUGCUAAAAAACAUUUUAUAGGUAGUCUAUUCACAAAUGCACCUUCAAAUAAACAUAGCCUCAACUCAAUUUUUGUAUGAAAUGCGUUUUUAUUUCUUUGAUGUUGAUUGUUUGAAUUCAAUAAAUUAUUUUUCUUGUUUU